AUGAGUGGAUUCGUUCAAUUAUCAGAGACCCAGGAGAAGUCUCUUGUGGAUAGGGUAGACUUAAAACUCGUUUUAGCUAAAGAUGACAGAAAAUUUGAAGAGACAUUAAAUACGUUCUUGCCGCCAUUGCUACUUAAACUAGCAUCACCAUAUCAAUCUGUCAGAUCAGUUGUCUAUGAAUCAAUUAAGCACGUUAACUCUAGGGUAAAUGCAAACAAGGACAUAAAACUCCCUGUUUUGAAGCUGUUAGAUCAAUUGAGAAAACCAAGUUUAAAUCAGGGUCAAGACGCCACCAAUGUAAUCACAUACUCUGCUCUUUUCCUCUCAAAAGGGGUAGAAAGAUUAAAUGAUGAAGAGGCCAUGAAAAUCCUUCCCAACUUAAUACAAGGUAUCUCUGAACUUCCGGAGCUUGCUUCGUCUAGAGUGUUUCAUAUUAUCUGUAAGGUUUUAUUGACAUAUAAAGCGCCUUCCAAAAAUAUGAACAAAGAUAAAGACAAUUGUGCACUACUAAAUGUUGCACAUAAUGAUUUGGAAUUUCUACUUGAGAAAAUUCUGAAAUUCUUUCUUUUAGUGCCAAAAAGAACAGAUAUGUUAUCAGGAACCGCAUCAUAUUCCUGUCCUGGCCUCUCAAUAAGUGAUGUUUCCUUUUUCAUCUAUAGUCCUGCGAUAUCAUUUACGAAAGAUGUAUUGAAUCAGUAUAAAAGAGCUAUAUUUGAUUUCUUAACUUCUGGUUUAGAUAUUGAUGACACAGAGUUAAUUCCUAUCUUGAUUGUUAUAUCCACGCAAUCAAUUGAUAUUUCAGAUAAUGCAAUCACACUUUUAAAGAGGGUGGCAAUUCCAUAUGAAGAUGAGAAUUUUAUUUGCAUGCUAUCUAAUAUGUUCUGUGGCGAUAAUACUCGUCAGCUGCCUCCAGUUAAUGAAAAACUACAGGAAAAAAUUCUCGGGAUCUUAGAAAGGAGUGCAAUAGUUACUAAACUUCCAGAUCUCCCUACAAAGAUAUCAAUGUUGGGUAUCAACUCAGAUAGCGUAAGAGUCCAAUUAUCGACCUUAUCAUUUAUUCGCCACGUUUGUAAAUUCAACGAAGAUGCUUUCAAGCAAAGUUUAGAUGUCGAUUCCACGUCUAUCAUCUCAUCGAUUCAGAAUAACAUAAAAUUGAAUGGCUGGCCAAAGUAUAAUGCACCAACAGCAAACCAUUUAUCGGGAAUAAAAUUACGGGCAUCUCAAUAUGAAACUGUCGGCGAGUUACUGAAGCAUGAUAUAAAGUCCGUGAAUGAUUUCAAAAAUAUACAAUUCCUCUUGAAAUCCCUUGAAGGAGAUCUUUCCGAAUUCAGGUCAACGAUAAAAGAUGCUUUAGGUUCGUUAGUGUGUCAUUUUCCGCUUCUUCCCUUAGAAGCAAAAUCAGAACUUAAGAAAUUUUUGGCAAAUGUGCUAGUCGAUAAUUACAAAAUAUUUAAUGGGAGUGCGGACGAGAAAGAUGCCUUAAUGUCGUUAAGAUUUGUCGCAAUAAAGUUCAGUAAUGCUGCAUUUGAUUUUGAGGAUGUUGACGCACGUAUCUUUAACAUUUUAGGAACUAACCAGGUGAACCGCUUUGAUGUUAUCCAGGAAUCAUUCAAGGGUUUAAAUCCGUAUCAUUUUAGAAUGAACAAAGCAUCCUUACAAAGCGGGUAUGUCUCCACUGAUGCAUUGUUAGCAAAAAAAAUCACCGAAACUAAGUUUCCGGAAUUUGCAUCAAUGACAGAGAGGCUAUUACAAGAAGUCAGACAAACAUCUGAAUACUCUUCAAUAAAAUCAUGCAUUCCGACAGCUGUUCGAUUAUUGCAACAAACUUUGAUUAGUAACUCUGUAUACGGGAAGACUACAACUAUUGUACAGGACGAAAACUGGGCUAUGCGUAUAGAAAAAUGUCUAGAAAUUGAUGAACUCGUUAGAAACUUAGUGCAAAAAUUCAUUAGUGAUAUUUCAGAAAAAACCAUAGGUUCAUUGUGUUUGUUUUUACAGAACGAAAUAUUACACUUAAACAGCAUCUCUUCUAAAGACGAUGUAGUUUUGACAAAUCUAUUAUUGUUGUUGAUUGAAUAUUGCUCUCCUGCUGCUGUUGAUCAAUGCGAAGGAUUGUUAGCUACUGCAUUGAAUCAUGUUAGUUCGAACAGAAUUAUUGCAAAUGUUUAUUUAGACCGUUUCACGAAUGCAAUUGGGAUUUUAGGGGCACGGAAAGGGACAAAAUGCCCUGUCGUAUCACAGUUUUUGACAUCAUUGACAGGUUAUGGUUCAGAUGCUAUUCACCAGGGGCAACAAAGCCUAUUUUUACUCUAUUCUCAUUUAAUUCCAAGAAUAUGUCUGCUAGAAUCGGUUCAUAUGGAAGAAGAAAUCAGUUUCAUAGCCAUGACAGCCAUUGAUUCCCUUAAGAUUGGAGCAAUGGAUAGAACUUGCUUUAAAGUUCUUUCGCAACUAUUAAAGUUCCUCGUUUUAAAUUCUUUGGAUUCUGAAAGUCGCUCAAAAUUCUUGUCAGAAAUCAAGAAAUGUAUCGAAGAGAAAUUGAAGAAUGAUGAAUUGGCCAUUUUACUGUGGGGAUUACUUUCCAUGAAUUCCCAACAGGAUGAUUUUAAUGGCUUUUUAGAUGUGUAUGAAAAUCUUCAUUCCUCAAAACAUAUUGACUUUUUAUUUUCGGCAGGAGAGGCUUUAACAAUUAUACUAGGGGGUUGGAAUUCAAAAUAUCUUCAAAUGCACUUGGAUAUUGAUGUGGAUAUAUCAGUGUUAAAGGAACAAACCUCCACACGUAACCUGAGUUCGGGUUUAAAAACAAUUUUGUCAUUUUGCUCAUCGGCGAACCCCUCCCUCCAGAAAGCAUCUUGCAUAUGGCUCCUAUGCAUUGUUCAGUAUCUUGGUCACUUGAAAGAGGUAUCUGAAAACUUUAGGUCAAUACAUUCCGCAUUCAGAAUAUUUUUAGCUCAUAGGGAUGAAUUCGUUCAAGAGUCUGCUUCCAGAGGUUUAAGUAUAGUAUAUGAUAUGGGUGACGCAGAUAUGAAAGAAAUGAUGGUUAAAGGUCUAUUUAAAACUCUAACAAACUCUAAUUCAGCAUUAUCGUUACAAUCAGGCUCCGUUUCUGCAGAUACAGAGUUAUUUGAACCAGGUAUUUUAAGCACGAAAGAUGGAUCUGUUUCUACCUAUAAGGAUAUAUUGAAUCUCGCUAAUGAAGUGAACGAUCCUGGCCUUGUUUAUAAGUUCAUGGCAUUGGCCAAAAAUUCUUCCCUCUGGUCAUCCAGAAAAGGUGUCGCAUUUGGUCUCAGUGCAAUUAUGGCUAAAGUUUCAUUACAAGAUUUACUUAUAAACAACAAAACACUUUCCAAAAAGCUAAUUCCAAAGCUUUUUAGGUAUAGGUUUGAUCCAUCCACCACGGUUGCUAAUUCGAUGAACAAUAUCUGGGAUACCUUGUUCCCUGAUGGUGCACAAGCUCUAGAUCAAUAUUUCAAUGAUGUACUAGAGGAGCUGUUAUUAAACAGUAGUAACAAAGAGUGGAGAGUUCGUGAGGCCUCUUCGUCAGCACUUCUCUAUUUGGUUCAAACUUAUCCACUGGCAAACUUCGAAGGGAAAGUUGAGGAAUUGUGGACUGUUACAUUCAGACUCAUGGAUGAUAUUAAAGAUACGGUAAGGACUUCUGGUACACAAUUAGCUCGUAGCUUAUCCAAACUUUUAAUCAAGUCUCUCAAUUCAAGUCAAGGUAAGUCUGAUGGAAAUCGCUCACAAAAGCUAUUAGAUGUUAUUUUACCUUUCUUGUUGGGUACUAAAGGUUUGAACAGCGAUGCAGAGGAAGUUCGUUCUUUUGCUAUUAAAACCCUUCUCGAAUUAAUAAAGGAAAGCAAAGAGUCUUUGAAACCAUAUAUUCCAACAUUGGUAUUCGAAAUGACGGUGUUGCUUUCUGUUUUAGAACCUCAAGUUAUUAAUUAUUUGACAUUAAAUGCAGACAAAUUCAACGUUAAGGCUUCUGAGAUAGACCAACAUAGAGUGCAUGGAGUAUCUAACUCUCCAAUAAUGCAGGCGAUAGAGUCUUUGGUCGAUAUAUCUGAAUAUAAUGAUAAGGCACUUAGUGAAUUGGUUGAUGUCUGUGUACGUGCAUCUAAAAAAUCAGUGGGAUUGCCCUCAAAUGUUGGUGCAUCGCGUGUGUUGCAGUUGGUCUGUGUGAGGCACUCCAUAUUGUUGAAGCCAUAUUCCGGAAAGCUUUUAAAGGCGUGUUACAAUGGAUUAGAAAAUCGAAACAUCGCCAUUGCUUCUUCUUACGCAACUGCCUUUGGAAGAAUAUUUAAAGUGUCGAAAUUGGAGAAACAGGUGAAGUACAGCAAGAAAAUCGUAGAUAAAUAUUUCGAGACGGAUAGUGUUGAUAAUCAAAAAAUUGUUGGAUUGACUAUUGAGUCAAUAUAUAAGUACUCCGCUGAAGAUUUUGAUAACGUGGCUACCAUUUUAAUGCCAUUGAUAUAUAUUGCGAAGCAUGGAUCUGAAGAAAGCGUCUCAAGUAUCUUUCAGGAUAUAUGGGUGGAGUCUUCGAAAUCCGGAUCUAGCUCGUUGAACUUAUGUUUCCCCGAAAUUAUUGAUUUGGUAAAUGUUCAUAUGAAAUCAAACAUUUUUUCUAUCAGGAAAACAUGUGCUGUUGCAUUGUGCGAUGCUUGUAAAGUUUACAGUGGGGUUUUGAAUGCUAAAAAGAUUGAAAAAGUGUUUGAUAUUCUACUUGAAGCUUGCUCAAGUCGUUCAUGGGAUGGGAAAGAAUUUGUCGUUUCAGGGGUUAUUAAUAGUUUUAAGAAGUUUUCGGUUCAAGCAAGUUUAGAUGAAACGGUUGGAAAUAAAAUCGAUAAAAUGCUUCAAAUAGAACUCUCGAAGAAAAAUAGAACAUACGUUAAGAAGUUAAUUCAACCGUUUACAGAGUAUGUCUUUUUCAGAAAUGAUGAAAAGUUGUACGAGAAAUUGACACAUGUCAUUGAAGAAGCAUUUAACGAACUCGAAAUAGAAGACGAUAAGGAAGAUAGAGACGAUUCGAGAGGACAUAGCAAAAAGCCUAAACUUGUUGAAGAUGUUCACAAAUCAUCAUCUCAGGAAAAUAUUGACAAAGAGAAUUUCAAAAUAGGGAUUAUUAAAUCAGUAGCAAAAGAACUGCAUGAAAUGGUGCAUAAGGAAAACGGUAUAAAAUAUGAAGACGUGUUAAGGUUAGUAUAUUCAUUUAUGAAAGGAAUGUUUGAGAAUUCUUCAAUAGAAUAUACUUGGAGGUCACAAUUAGCUUACUUUGAAACAGCAAUCACUCUAAUAUCACCAUUGGAUGCUAACUUCUUAACUUCGCACAAUGCUUCGGAUAUUUUUAUUGAUAUGUGGAAGUACGGAUAUGAUUUUUGUAAGACGAAAGAAAUCAUCGAGAGCGUUAAGAUUAAGUGUAUAAGAUAUGGUGGUCUUUUGAAGGCAAAGUUACCGGAUACGAACAUCAUGGUUAAUUUUGAUAUAUCUGAACUUCUUAGGGUGGAUCAUUCAUCCGUUCUUAAGGCUGAAGCUGUGAAGAUUGGAAUAUCUCCCUGA